AACGAUGCGGCCAGCACAGACAAACGGAAACCAGUGCGGCGCGACCAAGAGAAACGACGUCAGCAAAACAUAAAGGCACAGAAGAAAUACCGUGACAAACUGAAGAGGCGCCUCGAUCAACUCGAGACACUUGCCGCCACGGUCGCCGAGGGCGCUGCAACAACGGAGGCAACCACUCCUGAUGCUGUCGUCAUCGCAACUCCUGCGCCUUCAAGUGUAUCGUCGAGAAUAUCAUCAAGAAGCAUCACAGCCGAUGGCCAGAUCAUGUGCCAUUACUUGGGACAAAGUCUCAGUAGUGAAUAUAGCAAUGAAUCUACUGCCUUCUCUGACCUCGACCUCUCCGCCUCCAUCUUCUCAAACUCUCCCUCGGACCUCGCCCCUUGCGACACGGUUGGCUCCAUCGAGAUUUCCAACUGCAACCUAACUGUCGACCCUGCGUCGCGGUUGCAUCCUUGGAUUGAUUAUGUCGAGUGUGGCUGUGUCAGCCCCCACGUUCAGGCCAGCUCAGCAGUAGGCAUCAGUGGAUACCGCGAUUUAAAAGCGUUGAACCCCGACUUGAGCCCAUUCCCCGUCGACCCCGUCGACCACACUCUCAGUGUUGAGCGCAUCUGCAUUGUGCGCGCAGUCACGGCGAACCGCCUGCACCUUGGCAUCACCGAGGAAAUGCUCUGUCAUGACGAUGCUGAAUCCCCCUUCUUCCGUCCUUUCCGCAACACCAUCGGGGACUCUGGUAUUGAGGGUGUCGUCAAGACCAUGCAGUCCAUUUUCAAGAGUCUGAAGCCCGAUCUUAGGCCCAUCAAGGAACAGAUUGUGAUUAGGCAUCAUCCCAUUAUCGAUCUUCUCCCAUUUCCUACCCUGAGAAAGAAUCUGAUUGCCAAACAAGACUGCUUCUACAACCAAGAGCUUUAUUACGAUCUGAUUAGUGGAUUAGUCUGCUGGGCAGGCGUUGGAAGGUCUGCAGAAAAUUCUGCUCCCGGCAGUGCAUCGACAAUCACGCCUUGGGACGGCAGAAGCUGGGAGGCUAGGACUUGGUUCUUGCAAAAAUACUGGACGGAACUUGGCGGUGAAGAAGGAGAAUUAGUGCGACAGAGUGAAUGGUGGCGAAGAAUGAGGGGAGAGGAUACU